GAAAAAUCAAACGGCUACGUAUCAGCAUUUUCGCGCAUGUUUGGGUCUAGUUUUGAUGGAUUGGAUGCCUUGGUUUAGCUUCUGGGGGGCUUUAUUGCUGCACGCUAUUUUGUUUUGGGAUUAAGUUGCGAUUGUUUUCUCUGCUAUCAGUUUAUUUGUUCAGUGAAAAAAAAAAUUAUUGUCUGUAUACGCUGCGUCUAGAUGGCGUUUUAGUGAAUCAUUUGUCCGAAUUAUUUGGCCCCUGUUACAUUGCUGAUAAGAAUCGAAACUGCGAAAAAUCGCCCGCAAGAUGACACGCUGCCAGCUCAUGCAAACGAACGAUAAUAUGAACACCAAUUGGCAGUCGGCAGAUUGUCGGAGCGGUCGGGAGGUCACGCGCACAGAGCUGGGCUCGGCACCGCGCAGCCCGACCGGCGCGCAGCCGGUGGUGGACCAGCGGUACGGGCCGACGGCGCGGCUGAGCCAACUGCACCCCUCAACGGACGGCCGGAGCCCCUGCCGGUGGUGCGGCGCCGGCGGCUCGCGGGCCUCGCAGCUCUGCCUGACCGGCCGCUGCCGACGUCUGCUGGUGGCCGAACGGCGCGAUAAGGAGCAGCUGGUUCAGCUGAAUCGGCCGCCAUACGCCGACCUCAGCCUGGAGAAGAACCCCCGCUGCUCCGCCUGCCACACGGCAGUGGACGCCCAACGCUACAGGCCGCGUGACCUGGGUCGCUACUCGGGCCGCUGCGCGCCGCUGAAGACCAGCCAGGAGCCGACCAACACGCCCAUUUACCAGCAGUCCAUCACCAGCAGCGACUUCACCAGCCCCGGCACCUGCCCGCCGUGGACGCGGACACGGGGGAACCGGCACAGCUUCUAUGACCGGUUCAUGGCGUCCGUGUGCGGCUCGUGCGCGCUGGCCGACACGGUGCCGCCGCCCGGCUCUCUGGGCGGACACAGCUCCCAGUACCAGGCCGACUUCGAGCCCCGACCGGCCCGCCGGCUGACCCGACUGUACAGUUUGCCGGAGCACAGCCGGUCGGCGGUGUCCGACGUCGCCUCUGCGUUCGCCACGUGCCAAACAUUCUGCAACUUCUGAACGGCGCGGCGUGCCCCACCCGCCACACCUGCCACCUCUGAACGGAGCCGACCGACGCGCCAUCUGCCGAACGGAGCCGACCGGCGCGCCAUCUGCCGAACGGAGCCGACCGGCGCGCCAUCUGCCGAACGGAGCCGACCGGCGCGCCAUCUGCCGGCGCGCUAUUGGCUUUUCCUAUGUUGGGUGUUCUGUUCUCUUUCUUUCUUUCUUUUUGUGUAAA